UGGAACGGAACAGCGCACAAACCCGGGAUAAAAUGUGAACAAGUUUAAAUGCUGGUGCUCUACAGAAGCGGGAGUGUUUAGGGAACGCGCGGGAACCGGAUUUACACCGGAUUUUUCCGCCGUCGGGAGCUGAAGCGCGUGGCCGAACCCAGAUUUGUGGCACGCUGAAGCUGUGCAGGCCUCCGGACUCCGCGCGCGCCACAGGACCCGUGCUGCAGUGGCACACACACACACGCGCGCGCGCACACACACACACACACACACACACCGGGCACAGCGGCACGCGCAUGCUGAGCUCCGCCGCUUUACCGCGUUUAUUCCGUGUGCCUCUUAAACCGUGUGUUUUGGCGUCGCCGCGCGCCCACGCACCGUGCCCGCGCGCGUGCACACACACACACACACACACACACACACCCCGACUGCCUGCCUGGCACACCGCGGGCACGGCCGGCCUGAGCACCGGAGCUCCAGCCCGAUCAGCGCGAGGCCUGAGAUUUCCGUGGUGGUGCCGGCCGUAGCGCCAUGGCUCAGACCCUUCAGAUGGCGAUCCCCAACUUCGGCAACAACGUCCUGGAGUGUCUGAAUGAGCAGCGGCUGCAGGGCCUGUACUGCGACGUGUCCGUGGUGGUGAAAGGCCAUGCCUUCAAGGCGCAUCGGGCCGUACUGGCGGCCAGCAGCGCGUACUUCCGCGACCUCUUCAACAGCGGCGCCGGCAGCAAGGCCCCGGCCGUGGUGGAGCUGCCGCCCGCCGUACAGCCUCAGAGCUUCCAGCAGAUCCUGGCCUUCUGCUACACGGGCCGCCUCAGCAUGAACGUAGGAGACCAGUUCCUCCUCAUGUACACCGCCGGCUUCCUGCAGAUCCAGCAGAUCAUGGAGAAGGGCACAGAGUUCUUCCUGAAGGUCAGCUCACCCAGCUGCGACUCUCAGGGCCUCCACGUCGAGGAGACGCCGCCAUCAGAACCUCAGAGUCCCGUUACUCAGACGACCGCCAGCGUCUCGGCCAACGGGGGAGGAGGAGGAGGAGGAGGAGGGGUGGCGGUCACAGCCACGGCCACCAGUCGCCCCGCCUCCUGCCUCACCCCGCUGCCUCUGGUGUCUCGAGUGAAGGCGGAGCAGCCCGAGGUCUCGCCCUACUCUGUGGUCUGCACUCCUGUGGCGAAGCGUCUUUGGGAGGGCGGGAGUCGGGAUGGCACCGGAGCGUCCGGAGGAUCCGGUGGGCGCAAAGCGGCACGAUUUUCCCAAGAGAUGGCGCGCAGUAGCGCAAUCCAGCCACAGGGACUGGCUGUGGGAUUGGCCGUGGCACCCGGAGGCCACACUGCUAACACUAACGGCAACGGGAACGGUUCCAGCAGCAGCGCCACCCCCGAGGGCACCAGCCCCGGCACCGUGAGCGCCUACGCCAGCGACUCGCCUAUCUCUUAUCACGAUGAUGAGGAGGAGGAAGAGGCGGUGGAGGACGGUGCCGAGGAACAGUACAGGCAGAUCUGCAACAUGUACACCAUGUACAGCAUGCUCAACAUGGGCGCCGCAGCGGGCGAGCGAGUAGAGGCUCUGCCGGACCACUCGGAGACUCGGAGUCGGAUGCGUGGGCGUCAGGACCUGGCGUCUCUCCCCGCAGAGCUCAUCGCUCAGAUUGGAAAUCGCUGCCAUCCCAAGCUGUACGAGGAGGGCGACCCGGCCGAGAAACUGGAGCUGGUCACAGGAACUGGUGUGUUCAUCUCCAGAGCUCAGCUGAUGAACUGUCAUGUCAGUGCAGGAACCCGACACAAAGUCCUGCUGAGGAGACUGCUGGCUGCGUUCUUCGACAGGAGCACUCUGGCGAACAGCUGUGGGACGGGGAUUCGCUCCUCCACUAAUGACCCGAGUCGUAAGCCGCUGGACAGUCGCGUCCUUCACGCUGUUAAAUAUUACUGCCAGAACUUUGCGACGAGCUUUAAGGAGAGUGAGAUGAACGCCAUUGCGGCGGACAUGUGCACUAACGCUCGGCGCGUGGUGAGGAAGAGCUGGAUCCCCAAACUGAAGCUGCUGAUGGCCGAGAGUGACGCUUACGCAGGCUUCCUCCCUGACGCCGUCAAGAUGGAGGCCGAGGCUCUGGGGGCCGACCCCGCCUUCGAGGCAGCCGAUCUAGAGGGCGGAGCCUCUCUGGAGACCACCCCCUCAUCCGGCGAAUCGCUGCAGGGCGUGGCUGGAGACGCCAGCGCUCUGUUCCAGUGAGUGGGCCUGAAUGAAGAAGCCCCGCCCCCUGACCCGUGUCCCCGUCUCCGCCCUGCGCCCUGUCUGCGUGACUCUGUAGGUUUAACAGAGACGCUUUUUCUUUUCUUAUUUCUUCCUCUUUUUUAAUUUUUUUAUUUUUUCCCCAAAUAACCCAUUUUUUUGCACAGAAGCCCCUCCGCUUCUUCACGCUUUAUAAAUCUGUAUAUCAUGUGACGCUGUUCUGUUUUUGUAGUUCACCUCCAUAUCUUACACACACACACACACACACACACACACACACUCCCCCUCAUCCACACUGUAGUCGAUUAGUUGAAUGUAAACGUCUGCAGCACCACACGCUGGUGUCGAGACUCACCGAUUGUAUUUAGGUCGAGAGAGUCAUAGUCACUGUAGAGAGACGAGAGAGGGACGGACGGAGAGAGAGAGGGACGGAGGGAGAGAGAGAGAGGGACGGACGGAGGGAGAGAGGGACGGACAGAGAGAGGGAUGGAGAGACAGACAGAGGUGUAGGUGGUUCGUCUGUCUCCAAUUUAGAAAGAAUUUAUUUCCCUCCUCCACUUUCCUCUAAAAUUCUGAGAUUGAAAGCAGAAAAAAAGAAAGAAUUCUGUCCAUUGUGUCUGUCUCUUUCUGUCUCUCUCUCUCUCUCUUUCUGUCUCUCUCUCUGUCUCUCUCUCUCUGUCUCUCUCUGUCUCUCUCUCUCUGUCUCUUUCUGUCUCUCUCUCUCUGUCUCUCUCUCUCUCUGUGUCUCUCUCUGUCUCUCUCUCUCUCUCUCUCUCUGUCUCUUUCUGUCUCUCUCUCUGUCUCUCUCUCUCUCUGUCUCUCUCUCUGUCUCUCUCUCUCUCUGUCUCUCUCUGUCUCUCUCUCUCUGUCUCUCUCUCGCUCUCUCUCUCUCUCUCUCUCUCUCUCUCUCUCUUCCACAUCUGUGUGUUAUUUGUCGGUGAGUGUGGUGGCUCCUGAGCUGUUGUGUGAUUUCGGACUGUAGAGCGAGACAGAUGAGUUGUAUUUUAAGAAUAUUUAUCUUCUUUCAGAUUCGCUGUGUGAAAUGAGGGAGAGAAAUUGUUUAAAUUCUUUUUGUUUUCAGUGUUGAAGGCGUGUUUUGCUGUGGGGUUGUAGGAGGACGUGAAGAGAGAAAUUAUUUUUACAUACUGAUGACUUUAGAAAGAACGGUGCUCGUGCCUGAUUGGCUGUGAGAAAUCGCUCCUCUGUCGUGGCUCUGUUUAAUCUGAUUCACUGAUUGAGUUUCUGACUCACCCUGUGUUUGUCUUUAACACACCCUCGUGCACUUCCCCAGCGCCUCUGACUCACACACUGCAGCUCUCAUGUAGUGUUGUGGUGGAGUGUGUGAGGUUUAUCUCCUUUAAACUGCGUACUGAGUCAUCUGUCCGAUUCACUCUGAAUCACUUUGAAUCGGUAACUGACUCCUGAAGCUCCGUUCGAUGUCAGGAAGUAAAAUCUUAAAUUGUAAAAGAAGAAAGUUCGAGAAAGUUCGUUCCAAUCAGGACGAGGAGGUGUGUCCACUCACGUGUCAGUCAUGUUUCCUGUAGGUACAGAAAGCUCCGCCCUCUCGCACUAACAAUCAGGUGAUCCAGUUGAGGUGUGUUUUGAGGGCGUGGCUUUGUACAGGUUUCUGAAGCUUCAGUUAGCCGCCACCUAAACCACUGACUGCACCUUUAAUUAUUUUAUUAAUUAUUCAUUUUAAAUUCUCUGCUCUGAAGAGUUUUAAUAAAAUAAUAGCUUCUGUAUGGAAUCACUUCAUCUCUCAAACUCCUGAGAGGAAGUGCAAAGGGGCGUGAUAAAGACACGAUGGAGCGUGUGUGUGAGUGUGUGUGAGUGUGUGUGAGUGUGUGUGAGUGUGUGUGUGUGUGUGUGUGUGUGUGUGAGUGUGACCCUGUUUGGCCUCACUGUGGUCUCCUAUCCUUGUGUACAUGUAAACACACACACACACACACACACACACACACACACACACACAUUUGGCCCGGGGGGAGGGGAAAGCCGUGCUUCCUAUUGUUACAAUCAUCCUGCUGUCUUAAAGACAAGGUGAUUUUGUGUGUGUGUGUGAUUGAGCUGCUCUGUAUGUCCCUGUUUGGGCAGCUGUGUGUGUGUGUGUGUGUGUGUGUGUGUGUGUGUGUGUGUGCAUUCCUUGCACAUAGUUGGCUCUGUGUGCUUGCAUGUGGGUGACGCCUGACGGAGAUUUAAAGUGUGUUUGUUUCUCCUGUUCACAGUGUGUGUGCGCGCGUGCGCGUGUGUGUGUGUGCGCGCGCGUGUGUGUGUGCGCGCGUGUGUGUGUGUGUGCGUGCGUGCGUGUGUGUGUGUGGCACUGGGCAGGGCUUUUUGGAAGUGUUACAGUUGAAAGCUUUCUGACUUUGCAUGGCAGUGAUGUUGAAGUUUCCAUCACGAGCCGAGCUGCAGUUCAUCAUCACGCCGUCCCGCUUCACUUUAUUCUCUAAUUAAACACGUUAUCUUCAUCAUUCAGCGCUACUUCCUGCUCCUCAUCCUCAUCCUCAUCAUACUUACCACGGUUAAAUUCUCGAAUCUGAUUGGUCAGAAGCUGUGUGUCUUUUCCGUAUAACAGCGCGGCUCGGACUGUAGUUCCGGCUGUAACGUGAAGGACAGGAUUAAUGCGCUCGUUCUAAUACACUGUCGUUUCCAUAGUAACAGCUCAUUCACAGGGACGUGUACAACAGUCCAUCCACGUAAACGGAUAAAAAAAAAGUGUGUAGUCAUUGCUAUGGUGAAGUUUUCUGUACGGAGACAUUUAUCUAAUAUUUACGGAAGGAGUCUCCAGUGUCAGCGCUUUGUAACAGUCAGAGGUAAAGCUGUAACUAAGUUUUCUGACGUCUUCAGGACAGAGGAGUUUACGCUUCUCUGCGGUUUCUCAGUAACAUAAUGCCUUAUGUUUUUUAUCUUAUUAACUUGAAUAAAGAGAAUAAAGAGAGGCUGGUGAGGGAACGACUGUUUAUAGCUGCUAUAAUGUAAGCGACAACAGGAACUAACUUGUUUGACAGACAGUAAAUGUAACUAUAAAUGGAUAAAAAGUGUGACUUGUCGUUCAUUAAUAAAUUAGAAAUUGUAAUCGUGGGCAAAUUG